GACCGUAGGAGGAGGAGGUAGUAUCGGCCGAGCGACGACGACCCACUCGUGGACGCGUCCAUCUGUCGGACGACGGACGACGGACGACGACUCUCUCUCGGCUCCCGUGCCACGGACGCAAAAGCAGCCCCCCUCCCCUCCACCUCCUCGCCGGCGGCGAUGUCGGUUCCGCCCUCCGGCCAUCGCCAGGUGUCCCUGAGGGGGUCGAGUGCGAGGGAGAUCACUCGCGACGCGCUGCUGCAGAAGGUCUCCGAGGAGCGGCAGCUCCGUAGCCACCUCCGUCGUGCCGCCGCCGCCGCCAUCACGAUCCAGCGAGUAUGGAGAAGGUACCAUGUCAUAAGAAAGGUUUCAGAACAACUUCAUGAAGAGUGGGAUGCAUUAAUAAACAACCAGCUUGACGUCAACCCGACAAAUCAAUGGAUCUCAAGCAAGAUGCUUAGGCCAUUUAUUUUCUUCACUACUCAACCAUCAAGCUGGUACAAGGGGAAGCAAACCAAGACUGUUAAGUCUAUCUCAACAUGCUUCAAAAUCAUCUUGAAUAGCAUAAACUCAAUGGAUGCCAGCAAAAACUUCUGUUCCUUUGCUAUGGGUUUGCCAGAGGAGAGGUCUAUUUGGCUUUAUCAGGCAAAAAAGCUGAUUUCGCUGUGCUCUUGCAUCCUUGCCAUGCGUGAUCAUUCUUAUUGCAAGGAUGUAAACAUGGUUGAAAUUACUGCUAUUGCCAUGCGGUUGGCCAUCUCACUAACUGAUUGCAAAACAUGGAAAAACUUGAAAAGUGGGAAUGUUAAAGCUGCUGAUGCCUCUGUGGAGACCUUGAUUGAAUUUAUUGGUGCAAGCCAUAGUGGUACAUAUAGCUGUGUUAGGAGAUAUAUAAAAAGUUUUGGUCCUCAUGUUAACUCAGGGAAGAUAGAUCCUGCAACUGCACCAGAUGAUCAGCUCCUGAUUACUGCUAGUGCAGUCACUGUUGCAUUACGACCUUUCCAAUCUGCAAGAGCAGACAUGGGCGUUGAUCUAGCUGGUGUUGCAAAGGAGUACUUCACACUUGUACUCACAAUUCCUUAUCUUUGCAAACGCCUGCCGCCUCUUCUGUUACCUGCUCUAAAACACAUAUCUGUGCUGCAACCGUCUCUCAGCAUUGUACUGACUUCCAAGGACAAAAUAUUUGAAGAAAUAGCUAAACUGGAGCAGUCAGAGGUUUCUAGUGUUGGUGCCAGUAUCAUUCCCUACUGUGGUUGGGCUCUUGGGAAUCUUGUAAAUUUGGCCACAGAGCAGGAUGAUGUAUCCAAUUCGGGUUGCUUCAUUCAAGGGCUAGAUUGUUGCCUAUAUAUUAAUGCUAUUAACUUUAUUUCCCAAAACUUACUGAAAAGUUUCGAGGAAAGCAAGGGGAUGCUUCAAUAUGUUGGUGAUAGUGACGCUGCUACAUCAGUUACUGAAGAAACUGACACGGAUGACAACAGCUGCAUGAGAAUAUUAUUUAUGGACCUUCUAAAGCCAGUUUACCAGCAGUGGCACCUAAGAAAGCUAUUGGCAUUGGCAAAGGAGGAUGUUUCCCGCAAGAGGGAAACCAACCAUGACCCAACCCUGAAGCAGAUUCAUUCUCGGAGCCUAAAAUUGACAGAUGUUAUAUGCUUUUACUAUUACAUGCUCAGAAUUUUCUCUUUGCUGAGCCCAUCUAUUGCCUCAUUGCCUAUUCUCAACAUGCUCUCAUUCACCCCAGGAUUUCUUGUUGAUUUGUGGGGGGAGUUAGAAAUAUCUAUUUUUGGCCAACCUAUCCACAAAUCACAGGAAUCUGAGCAUGAUAAACAAUUUGCCACAAGUAGUUCUGGAGAGCAAAUAUCCUCCACAAGGCAAAGAAGGAAUGCCAAGGACACUGCAGGCAAGUGGGUAAAUGUGCUCCAGAAGAUUACAAGAAAAUCAAGUGAUGCCGAUGACACCAAUUUGAGUGGCAUUCCUUUAAAUUCUGAGAAUUCUAAUGAUGAUGCAUUAAUCAUGUGGGAUAUUGGAGCUAUGAGACAAGGUUCUGAAGGUAUUGGAAAGGAUUUAAUACACAUGUUGCAUCUAUUCUGUGCAAUAUACACACAUCUAUUACUAGUUCUAGAUGAUAUUGAGUUUUAUGAGAAACAGGUUCCUUUCACUAUAGAGCAACAACGAAAGAUUGCAUCAGUGCUCAAUACUUUUGUAUACAAUUCUUUCAUCCAGAAUAGUGGAAGCAACAACAGGCCUCUUAUAGAUGUAACUGUGAGAUGCCUUAAUCUACUCUAUGAAAGGGAUAGCAGGCAUAGGUUUUGUCCCAUUUCUCUGUGGUUGGCACCUGCCAGAACGGGUAGAAUUCCGAUUGCAGCUGCUGCCAGAGCCCAUGAGGCAGCCUUUGCUACUUUGUCAGGAACUACUUCAGGCAUUGCUACCCGCAGCUCUGUACUUACCACGGUACCACAUGUAUAUCCAUUUGAGGAGAGAGUGCAAAUGUUUAGAGAAUUUAUUGAGUUAGACAAAGCGUCACGGAGAGUUACUGGUGAAGUCUCUGGACCAGGUCCAGGAUCCAUCGAGAUAGUUAUUCGUCGAGGUCACAUCGUUGAAGAUGGAUAUAGGCAGUUGAAUUGUCUUAGAUCAAAGUUGAAAUCUUGCAUUCAUGUGUCCUUUGUCAGUGAAUGUGGCCUUCCGGAAGCUGGUUUGGACUAUGGGGGUCUAUCAAAGGAGUUCUUAACUGAUGUAUCUAAGGCUGCCUUCAGUCCUGAAUAUGGACUAUUUUCACAAACAUCAACAUCUGAUAGUAGCUUAAUUCCAAGUAAUUCUGCUAAGCUUUUGGACAAUGGCAUUGACAUGAUUGAAUUUCUUGGCCGAAUCGUGGGCAAAGCACUCUACGAGGGGAUUCUGUUGGAGUACUGUUUUUCACAAGUCUUUGUGCAAAAACUUCUAGGGCGCUAUAGUUUUUUGGAUGAAUUAUCAACACUUGAUUCUGAGCUUUAUAGAAGUCUAAUGCAGCUCAAGCACUAUGAGGGGGACGUUGAGGACCUUUGUUUGGAUUUUACGCUGACUGAAGAGUUCGGUGGGAAAAGAAUUGUGCAUGAAUUGAGACCUGGCGGUAAAAACAUCUCUGUUACAAAUGAAAAUAAAUUGCACUACGUUCACGCGAUAGCAGACUACAAGCUUAACCGUCAGAUAAUUCCUUUUUCAAAUGCAUUUUAUAGAGGACUCAGUGAUCUCAUCUCACCAUCCUGGCUGAGUUUGUUCAAUGCAAAUGAAUUUAACCAGUUACUUUCAGGUGGAUCCCAGGAUUUUGAUGUUGAUGAUCUGCGGAACAACAGCAAGUACACUGGUGGUUAUACUGAGUCAAGUCGAACUAUUAAACUCUUCUGGGAGGUUAUCAAAGGAUUUAAGCCAACAGAACGUUGCCUGCUACUAAAGUUUGUGACAAGCUGUUCACGGGCUCCAUUACUUGGAUUCAAGUACUUGCAGCCUUCUUUCACAAUUCACAAGGUCCCAUGUGAUGUAACACUUUGGGCUACAAUUGGGGGGCAAGACGUGGAUCGUCUUCCAUCUGCUUCUACAUGCUACAAUACGCUCAAGCUUCCAACGUACAAGCGGUCGAGCACGCUGAGGAGCAAGCUGCUAUACGCAAUCAGCUCAAAUACUGGGUUUGAACUCUCAUAGAGGUACACGCACAUUCUACCAGGUCUGUCAUGUUUGUACAGCGAAAUUGGACCAGAAACGUGAACCGAUCCGGCAAACAAUUCACUUGUUGUAACUAUUAGUGUUCACUGCUGUAAAUGUAUCUGCUUAUUGAACUCCGCUGCUUAUUGCAGCCCUAUCUGAACGACAGCUUGUUUGAAGGAAGUAAAUUCAUCUGCCCAUUUUUAUAAAUAAUUUAGUUACUGCUCGCGAA